AUGCUGAGUUCCCGCAAGGUCCCUGUCCAGAGAGGUGGGCUAGAUGCUGAGUUCCAACCAGGUCCCCGGUCCAGAGGUGGGCUAGAUGCUGAGUUCCUGCCAGGUCCCCGGUCCAGAGCUGGGCCAGAUGCUGAGUUCCCGCCAGGUCCCCAGUCCAGAGGUGAGCCAGAUGCUGAGUUCCCGCCAGGUCCCCGGUCCAGAGGUGGGCCAGAUGCUGAGUUCCCACCAGGUCCCCAGUCCAGAGCUGGGCCAGAUGCUGAGUUACCACCAGGUCCCAGUCCAGAGGUGGGCCAGAUGCUGAGUUCCCACCAGGUCCCCGGUCCAGAGGUGGGCCAGAUGCUGAGUUCCCGCCAGGUCCCCGGUCCAGAGGUGGGCCAGAUGCUGAAUUCCCACCAGGUCCCCGGUCCAGAGGUGGGCCAGAUGCUGAGUUCCCGCCAGGUCCCCGGUCCAGAGCUGGGACAGAUGCUGAGUUCCCGCCAGGUCCCCAGUCCAGAGGUGGGCCAGAUGAUGAGUUCCCGAAAGGUCCCAGGUCCAGAGGUGGGCCAGAUGCUGAGUUCCCACCAGGUCCCCGGUCCAGAGGUGGGCUAG